AUGGCAUUAUAGUUAUUGAAUGAAUAUUAAGAAUUGAAAAGUUCCUUGAAAGAGUUUGAGGAAUCUUCUUUGACUAAAUUUAUUGAUCAAUUAAACAGCCAGAAUAGUUAAAUGAAGAAUCAUAAUUUGGAAAUACAAUUGAUUGAUAAUCAGUUUUGA